AUGCCAGGAGUGAUGGAAGAAAGAAAUCAAUUUCCUCCAGUUGCAGCACAAGAUCUUCAGUUUGUUUUAAAAUCUGGAUACCUGGAAAAGCGCAGAAAAGACCACAGCUUUCUUGGUUUUGAAUGGCAGAAACGUUGGUGCGCUCUGAAUCGCUCAGCCUUCUACUAUUAUGGAAGUGAAAAAGACAAACAACAGAAAGGUGAAUUUGCUAUAGAUGGCUACACCGUCAGAAUGAAUAAUACCCUUCGGAAGGAUGGAAAGAAAGAUUGCUGUUUUGAAAUUGCUGCUCCUGAUAAACGCAUUUAUCAGUUUACAGCCGCAACUCCGAAAGAAGCCAGGGAAUGGGUACAGAAGCUCAGAUCAGUGCUACAAGAUCCAGGAUCUGAAAUUAUUCCAGUAGACGAUGAAGAAUAUGAUGACAUUGGUGCAAGUGGCAUGCCUUCUCCACAAGGACCAACAGAGGAUGAUAUUUAUGAAGAACUUCCAGAAGAAGAAGCAGCACCCGUUGUGCCAGCGAAGAUCAAAGAGCCAAAGAAACAGAGCCAGGAGAUUGUUAGCAAUGUUUCAGGCAAUAAAAAAACCGAUUAUGCUAAUUUCUAUCAAGGGGUGUGGGACUGUACUGGAGAUGUUCCUGAUGAGCUGACAUUCAAACGCGGAGACGUUAUCUACAUUCUCAGCAAGGAGUACAAUAGGUUUGGCUGGUGGGUAGGAGAAAUGAAAGGAACCAUUGGCUUGGUGCCUAAAGCCUACAUAAUGGAGAUGUAUGAUAUUUGAGAGGCCCGGGUGGAGUCUAUGUAUUGGACAACGACUAGCAUAGUGCCACAGAUGCCAGUGAAAAACACAUACAGACGCCUACUAAAAGCACAAACCUUUGUGUCUGUGUUUCAGUUAUAAUGCUAUGUUUGAUCUUUGGUGUUCCUUAUGAGCUGCUUUGGACAUUGUCAACUGUCGUGCUGGUGAUAGGGUGAGGUGAGAAAAUGUUGAAUUCAUGCAUUUAUUACUGUUUUACUAAAUGGACCCAAAGCACAGAAAAAGUAUCCUGAGCAGAUUCAGUUGAAAAGAAGGAGAGGUAGAUCUGCAAGAAGCCCUGGACAGUCUUAUAUCCAUUUUGAGAUGAGUGAUGCAAAAUGUAUUCCCAAGAUGUUAUACUUCUACUUUAUGUAUGUGAUAAACAGUAAUGGCUCUUUCUUGUUAAUGUUCUUCUGGCUUUUCCCCUUUCAAACAGUACAUUUCAUUUUACUUUAAAUAGAAACGUAUGCUUAAAUAGAUUCAAAUUAUUAGUUCUUGACUCUGUGGUAGUAGAUUCUACUUUGUAUGAAUCGUAACACAAUCUACAAUUUUAAUGUAACUGGAGGAGCUUUGUGUUGCACUUUAUAGAACCAAUUCCUACGUAUUCCUGGGUCUCUAGUAGUGAUUUGGGAAGGGUGUGAAAUGCUCCUUCCCAGAACAUUGCAAACGGUAGUGGUGGUUGUGGUGGUGUUGAAUGGGUUGACCUUUUCCUUUUCUGGGUUUCUUGCUUGUACACAGUUGUAUCACAGUAAUUUUGAUUACUGUACGGCUUUCCUCCUAGCUUAGUCAGCUGGGUGUAGAUUAUAACUUUAUAUGGUAUGUUUAGAUUUUAGUAUUAUAAUGAAUGCACUUGUAAUACCAAGAAUGACUAAGACACUUCUCAGGUUAACAUGGUCUCACAAAAUAUAUAUAAACAGAAACAGUAUGGCUGUUGUUUUGUGCAUCUUGUGCAUUUUUUAGAGAUGACUUGGUACUGUAUUGCUCCUUGUUGCUAUUCGGUUUUUCCAAACAGAACCUAGUAAACAGAGGCCUAGACAAGCAAACAAUUUAACACAUGGUAAAAAGUGAUUAUGCCAUAUCGUGUAUUCAGAAGCUUGUAGAAUUAUUCCUGGACUGUGCCACUCCAAACUGCAGGCAAGAAAGCAUGUUUGAAUAUGUUCUUACCAUGGCAAUUGAGGGCAAGCUUUCACGUAUAGAAGACUGGAUGCAGGCUAACAGUGCAGUCCUUUAUAUACUCAGAUGUAGGUCCUAUUGAGCUCUCCAACUUUAUCUUCCAGUAAGUGUGUGUAGGACUGCUGUCAAAGUUAGUCCCAGUUAGCUCCCACUCAACUAAGUCUAGGCAGUCCAUAAAAUUGGCAUGUCAAAGGGAAGGCAAAGCUGUUAACCUUCUCCCUAACAAAUUAAUUGCAUGUUAGAGGUUAGUCCCUCCACUGUCAUCCAGAGCAGUAGUCAGGGAAUAAUUUUACUUCAGUUGCAUUUUGAAAUAAUGAAAAAAAUGAUGUUUUUUUGAUAUAAUUCAUAGUUCAUUGACAAAAUGCCAUUCUUAUUUAAAGAGAGGUUAUCGGCAAACGAAUAUCUUUUUUUAAACAAGGAUUAAAGCCAUUAAUGGCUGUGACUGAAAUCCCUGAGAAACAAUGCUCAUUAACAAACCAAGAGUUACAUCACAGUUACCUAAUACCAGUAUAGCUUUAAAUAGGAGAAUUUGGAGAAAAACAUUUUUGUAUGACCGAGAUUUGCCAGUAGAUGGCAGUAGACUUUCACUGCAGGUUGAAUUGCUGGGAAACCCAUCCCCCCACAGGAGUUUGUCAUGCACAGAUGAAUUUUUUGCAGCUUAAAAUAUUUGGAGGGUCUUACUUUCACUUUUUCAUGUAAAUCCAGGAGAGGGAGUCCUUAGCCAACUGAUGAAUGACAGACCCUUCAAACCAUUUUUUUCUGUUGAUAGGAUGAUAUAGACAGCAGCAGUUUUAUUGUUUUCAUAACCUUUUUCCUCACAUAGUACAAAGUGAUAUGUUAGCAAAUACACACACUUGUAAAAAAGAAGAAGGUAUUUCUAAGAUAUUAUAUUCUCAUCUUUUAACCAGACAUGCCUUGGAAUAAACCAGCAAAGUAAAAGAGUUGAAAUGUUUGUUUUGAAAUCUUGACAAAUACCAUAACCUUUUUUGGGAUGUGCAAAUUCCCUAUUAAUGUGACUAAAAAAGAAAAGAAUGUUGCACUAUAUGCUAAUUGCUUUGUUCUCACUGUUUGCUUAUUCUUCCUUUGUAUUCUUCUGAAUACGAAAAGAGCUAUUUUGUAAGUCAUAUUUUAUGCAGCAUUUUGCUUGAUUAUUUGCUCUGUACUGGAUUUGUACUAUACUGCCAUUAGAUCUUACAAUAAUGUUCCACGCUGCAAAUUUUUAAGGUUCAAAUAAAGUUUAAUUGUUUGCAAA